AUGGCAGAACAAAUCUCACAGCACUUUGAGACGCUGCAGCUGCACGCUGGCCAGACGCCGGACUCUGCGACGAAUUCGCGGGCAGUGCCAAUUUACGCGACCACGAGCUAUGUGUUCAACGACUCGGCCCAUGGGGCGCGGCUCUUCGGCCUCAAGGAGAACGGCAACAUCUAUAGCCGUCUGAUGAACCCGACGACGGAUGUGUUUGAGAAGCGCAUAGCAGCGCUGGAGGGCGGUGCUGCGGCGGUGGCAACGGCCUCGGGCCAGGCGGCACAGUUCCUCGCGAUUGCAGCGCUGGCACAGGCCGGCGACAACAUCGUGUCGACGACCAACCUGUACGGCGGGACGUACAACCAGCUCAAGGUGUCGUUCCCGCGGCUGGGGAUCCAGACCAAGUUUGUGGAGGGCGACGAUCCGGAGGCGCUGGCGGCGGCGAUCGACGACAAGACCAAGGCAGUGUACCUGGAGAGCAUCGGCAACCCGCGCUACAACGUGCCAGACUUUGAGAAGAUUGCGGAGCUGGCACAUGCCAAGGGCGUGCCGGUGGUGGUGGACAACACGUUUGGGGCGGGCGGGUACUUUGUGCGGCCGAUCGAGCACGGGGCAGACAUUGUGGUGCACUCGGCGACCAAGUGGAUCGGCGGUCACGGCACGACGAUUGCCGGGGUGGUGAUCGACAGCGGCAAGUUUGACUGGGGCAAGAACGCGAAGCGGUUCUCGCAGUUUGUCGAACCGUCCGAGGGCUACCACGGACUCCGGUUCUGGGAGACGUUUGGGCCGGUGGCGUUUGCGGUGCGGGUGCGGGUAGAGCUGCUGCGCGACUUUGGUCCGGCGCUGAAUCCGUUUGGGGCGCAGCAGCUGAUUCUCGGGCUGGAGACGCUGAGCCUGCGCGGCGAGCGGCACGCACAGAACGCGCUGGCGCUGGCACAGUACCUGGAGAAGAGCCCGAGCGUGGCGUGGGUGUCGUACCCGGCGCUGCCGAGCCACCCGUCAUACGAACUGGCGAAGAAGUACCUGAAGCGCGGUGGCGGUGGCGUGCUGAGCUUCGGCGUCAAGGCCGGGACCGGUGCUGCCGGCAGCCGGGUGGUGGACAACCUGAAGCUGGUGUCGAACCUGGCAAACGUGGGCGACUCCAAGACGCUGGCCAUACAUCCGUGGACCACGACGCAUGAGCAGCUGUCGGACGAGGAGAAGAUUGCGUCGGGCGUGACCGAGGACCUGAUUCGCAUCUCUGUCGGGACGGAGCACAUUGACGACAUUAUUGCCGAUUUUGAGCAGGCUUUCAAGGUGGCUGAGGAGGCAUGA